GAAGGCAGAUGUCGCCAUUGUAGUGUCAGCCAUUCCUGAACGCUUAGUACAAACAGCUGAUUGCCGGCGCAUUUAUAAUUCAUUCAACUUAUAUUUUGAUACGUUUUUUACCAGCUAUUAAUUAUUGUAUAUAAAAAUGUUAUCACAAAGUGCGCGUACGUUAAUAUCGCCGUUACGCAUGGCGUUGAAGCAAGUAGCACGUUGUAGCUCCAGGGAGGCCGGUCCAGCUCGUGUGGAAAAAACUGUUAACAAUGUUACCAUACUGGGACGCGUUGGUGCAGAUCCACAAUUGCGCGGUUCCGUUGAGCACCCGGUUGUUAUGUUUUCUGUGGCCACACAUACCAAUUACAGAUAUGAGAGUGGUGACUGGGCUCAACGCACCGACUGGCAUCGUGUUGUAGUUUUUAAGCCCAACUUGCGCGACACAGUUAUGGAACAUCUGAAGAAAGGUCAACGCACAAUGGUGCAAGGAAAAAUAACAUAUGGUGAGAUUACCGAUCAACAAGGUAAUCAAAAGACCACUACCAGCAUAAUAGCUGAUGAUGUAAUCUUCUUCCGUAACGACUCGUGAUCGCGCGAAGCAAAAGCCUUUAUUCACAUUAUUACUUAUGUUAAUGUAACAUAUGCUUAAGCUUUAAUGGUUAAAGUGUCGGAAAGUUCAAAAAGUUUCCUCUAGUAAAUAGAAGUUCACACAAUUAAAUAUCAUCACGCCAUAAUGGUUAAGAGAAAUCAUCAA